ACCAGCACGGAGCAGCCGGGCGGAGGUGGCAGCGGCUGCGGCAGCGAGCGCUGCCCCCUGUCACCGCUGCCGGUACACCCCGGCUGCGUUACGAACAGCCGGCCGGAAUCCCAGCCAGCGAGGGAAGGCGCCCGCCCCGCACUUCGCCGCUCUCCGCGGGGAAUCGCCCGCAACACCCGCCGCGACACCGAUACCGACACCGCAGCAUCCGCCGCCGCGCCAUGGCGCUCGCAAGGCAAGUGCUUUGUGUCUCUGCUUUCCUGUGGCUGCCGCUCGCUCGCGCCGAGCCCAUCCGCUACUCCGUAGCCGAGGAGGCGGAAAGCGGCUCCGUGGUGGGCGAGCUGGCGGAGGAUGCGGGGCUGACGCCGGCGCAGCUCUCGGCUCGCCGCGCCCGCCUGCUCUCGGAGGACGGCCGGCAGCAUUUUCGCUUAGAGCGCGCCUCCGGCCGCCUCGUCGUGGCGGGGAGGCUGGACCGGGAGGAGCUGUGCGCCCAAUCCGCCACCUGCAUGCUCCCCUUCGAGCUGCUCCUCUCCAGCCCCCUCCAGUUCUUUCGGGUCGAGGUGACUCUGGACGAUAUCAAUGACCAUUCGCCAGUUUUCCGGGAAGAUCGAGUCAGCUUUAAGAUCCCCGAAACGAGUGAGUCAGGUUCUCGUUUCCCACUGGAGGUUGCUCGGGACCUAGAUAUUGGUAGCAACACAGUCCAGGCUUACAGCAUCUCUCCCGAGAACGAGUAUUUCAGUGUCUCCUAUGGAAGUCGGAAUAAUGGUGACAAAUAUCUUGAACUUGUAUUGGAAAAGCCACUGGACAGAGAGGAGCAGGAAGAGAUGGGUUUCCGUGUUAUUGCGUUGGAUGGAGGCUAUCCUCCUAGAAGUGGAACCAUCGAGGUCUCUGUUAUCGUUCUAGAUGUAAAUGACAAUGCUCCCAUAUUCACGCAAGAGGGUUAUAGUGGGAAGGUUCUGGAAAACCUGCCAGAAGGUUCUGUGGUUCUGACUGUGCUGGCAACUGAUCCCGAUGCAGGAAUUAAUGGGGACAUCUUUUAUCAGCUCAAUGAAGUGGUUGGUCAGAGUGACUCAGCGUUUGUGAUUGAUCCCAGAACCGGUGAAAUUAAACUCAAAAAACCUCUGGACUUUGAGGCAGCACAAACCCACGAGCUCAGUGUGAGAGCCACAGAUGGUGGAGGGCUGUCAGCAAUCUGCAAAGUGUUGGUGGAGGUGGUAGAUGUGAAUGACAAUGCCCCAGAGCUGGUGGUCAGUUCCUUCAGCAGUCCCCUCCCCGAGAACACAGUGCCCGGCACGGUGGUUGCCCUGUUCACGGUCAGGGACCGGGAUUCUGGUGCCAACGGGAAGAUCUCCUGUGCCCUGGAGGAUCAGCUCUUCUUCUCCCUGCGGCCAGCCUAUAAGAAUUACUACGAGCUGGUGACAGUGAGCGCGCUGGACCGCGAGGAGACGCCUCAGUACAUGCUCAGGGUCACGGCAGCAGAUGCGGGCUCGCCCCCUCUCACAACCACGCAGACCUUCACCGUGGACAUCUCGGACGUCAAUGACAAUGCGCCCGUCUUCAACCAGACCUCCUACACCAUGUACGUGCGUGAGAACAACGUCGCCACGGUGUUUGUAGGAGCCGUGAGCGCUGCAGAUGCUGACGUGGGGCUGAAUGCCAAGGUGACCUAUUGGCUGGCAGCAGAGCAAGGGCCAGAGCGGGCCUGGUGCUCCUGCAUCUCGGUGAACUCGGAGAACGGACACGUGUUUGUGCUGCGGCCCCUGGACUACGAGCACUUGAGGCAGAGCGAGGUGACGGUCAGUGCCUCUGACGCGGGCUCUCCUCCCCUCAGGGCCAACGUCACCGUCCGCCUUGUGGUGCUGGACGAGAACGACAACGCACCGCUCGUGCUCUACCCGGCCCAGGAGAGCAGCCCGGCCUCCAGCGAGCUGGUGCCCGUGUCGGCCGAGGCGGGCUACCUCAUCAGCAAAGUGGUGGCCGUCGAUGCCGACUCGGGACAGAACUCCUGGCUCUCCUACCACCUGCUGAGGGCCACCGAGCCGGGGCUCUUCUCCGUGGGCCUGCAGAGCGGCGAGGUGCGUCUGAGGAGGCCGGUGACAGAGAGAGACAGCGUCAAGCAGAAGCUCCUUGUGCUGGUCAGAGACAACGGGCAGCCCCCGCUCUCAGCCACGGCAGCUCUGAGCGCUCUCCUGCUCAAGGACUUCUCCGACGUGCGCCUCCCUCAGGGCAGCCCGGCCACCGAGGAUCAGGACGCCUCCCUGACCACCUACUUAAUCCUUGCCCUGGUCUUUGUCUCCCUCCUCUUCCUCAUCUCCACCGCAGUCCUGCUGGCUCGCAAGGUGUGCCGGAGGAAGGAGCUGAAGGCCGGCCAUGUGCUCUAUGCUGCCGACACCUUGCAGAGCGGCCUGGCCGAUGCAGCCGCCGCAGGGACCCUGCCCCGCCCCUAUUGCUACGAGAUCAGCCUCACAACGGGCUCGGGCAACAGCGAGUUCAGAUUCCUCAAGCCCAUCCUGCCCAGCCUGCCCCCACAGCACUGCGCCCUGGGCCAGGGCCCCGAUGAGGAACAGGAUUUCCCCGCUGUCCCUGUCAGCACCGAGGACAUGGCCCCAGACAAUGCUGGCACUCUCUCUGCAGGACAGUUCAACGCUCUUUCCUUCAACUAGCUGGGGACUGCACAGGCAGGGGCUUCAUGGCCCAUGUGGGGAGGCGAUCCUCUCUGCAGCAAUGAUUUCUUGAGAGAAAAUAUGCUCCCUAUUGGCCAGGCAAAUUCCUGCAAAUUCUAAGUCUGACUAAAAUUUGUCUUCCUCUCCAAAAACACAAGUUAGGUAAAAAUGUUACUUUGAUUCUCUCCCUCUGAUAAUGGUAUAUUUCUCCUUUGUCACAGCCUUUUGAUAGGCUUUCCUUAUGCACUUCCACCUUUCUCUUGUAUCUCUUGCUGUCUGAACAGACCUUGGACUUCUUGUUCUUUUUACAGCUCGUUGGCACAGUUGCAUAGACAGGUCUCAUGCUUGCUGAAAGGACACAAAGUCCCUUUCCCAGAAAAGCAAGGUGGUUCUCAAUGGUGUGUCAUGAUGCUCUGCUUGCAAACGCAUUUUUCUUUCUGGGAUUCUGGAUGUCUCUGCCUGAGAUGCAUGGGCUCUGUGGGUUGCACUUUCUUCUCAGUAUUUCUGCCUGCAUGGCCAUUGUGCCUCUGCAGAUGUUUCAGUAAUUCUGCCCAGUGAAACAGUGAAUCUGUCCUGUCCAGCCAUUGCAAUGCUGACAAUUCCAGCUCUGCAGAGUAAAAGGCUGUUUUGACCCUAUGAGUACAGGGAUCUCAUCUUCUUCAGGGCAGGCAGGAACAGGAAAAAGCACAACAAAAUCAUCCUUUGGCCCAUGUGUGGGUUUUGUGUUCUGUCCCCUUCAGAUUGUCUUGAAAUACAGCAGCAGGAGAUGUCUUAGGGUAGGCUUUAGAGAGUCAUGAACACAUAUUGAUUGUCCUUGUGUGCAUGAAAAUGUCACAUGUCCUUCAAAGAUCAUUUUCUGAAAAUAGAAACAAGAAGGACUUGAGAACAGGACUUUGAAUUUUGUUUCUCAUUCUUGUUUCUGAAUUCAGUUCUUUCUGUUUGGGAGAAGAAGGCUGUCCCUCUAGGAAUAAAUCCUUUUGUGAUAGAGGGUUUGCAUUCCCAUUUUCGCCCUUUCUUCCUCUCUUCUCCUCUCCUCUCUGCAAUGUACUGAACAUUAUUUUGUUGUUUGCUCUUGAGAAGUUCUUCCAACCCUACUAGAAUAAUUGGUUGUUUAAAUAAUGUCUGAGAUGCAUGGAAUAUCCAGAAAGCCUCCCACACACUAUAUUGUGCUAAAGUUACACAGUUUAACAUUGAAAGCUGCUAAACCACCAAGUUGAACAAUUUAAAAGAAUGUGUAGAAGUGUAAUAAAGGGAAGACCAUACCUCCUUUUGUGGAGACAGAAAUUUUGCAGAUACGUUCUUUACUGGAAAGCUCCUUCAAGGUUUCCCAAGGUUCUGCGAGUCUUUUCGUCACUAUAUCC